AUGAGGCUUCCGACCACCUAUAUCCUGCUGAUCUCAUGUUGGACUUUUCUAUCUGAUUUCUCAUGUGCAAGCCAUGCGGAUUUCCCUCUCCCUCCAACUCCUCCCUGUCAAAAUCCCCUCGUUUGGGAGGUAGAGGUUGUUGCUGGGGUCUCUUUGGGGAAAUGUAUUCUAGUAUCGCCUACACCCCAGCCAGUUAAGAUAUUAAAAAUUUUACAUACAGAGAGGCAGCGGCGACAACUCUCUAAUUCGAACGGACCCUCAAAAAAUGACAAAAGGUACCGAUUACCCCUUGGCAGAAAUUGGAGAAAACGACAAUUUUUGGAAGAGGAAUCCAUAACAAAACCUGCCAUAUUUACUUUCAUUCCCGAUAACGUUGGUCCUUCUCUUAUCUGGGAAGACGAGCCUACAACAACCAACGAGGAUCGUACUGAAGCGCCCGCUACGACAACAACCGCAACGUUAACAGCUCUAAGGACUACAGCCGCGACUAAGACUUCAUUUACAUCCCGUACUUCCACACUUUCUUCCACUCCUUUGGCUACUCAAACCACCGUUGGGUCGAAAAAGGCUGGAAAAGAUUCAGGCGCCAUUAUUGCGGGUUGUUCGAUUGGAGGGAUUGCUCUAAUUGCCGUAGCUUACCUCGCCUUCAUGGCGUGGAGACGUUCGCGCAGCAAGAAAAUGAGCGAUGAGUUGAAUAUGCCACCCCCGCCAUAUGACACUCCCUCGAUGAGAGGGGGUGGGAACCCUCAAACGGAAUCUAUUGUGCAUCAAUUGACACCGGAGCAGCCUCCUCCUGCCCAAUCGCCUGGUUUUAGUUGGGUUCGUGCAUCUACCCCAUCCAACGCAGCGGACAGCGCGUCAGAACAGACGCGACGUCAAAAGCAUCGUCUCUCAAGGCGUUUCUAUGCUGCUCUUGCCACAGGCGAUCCCUAUCCUGGUCACUCACCCAGCAGCUCAAUACAGCGGUCAAAUCCAUCAGAUCCUCAAAACCGCUUACCCUCGAACCUCUCAGAGCCGUUCACCAAUCUCCCAAGGGUUACAGAAGAAUCACCUUCUCAGGAACGUUUUCCCCCAGCCCCUCCUGCGUCCCAGCAGGAACCCAUAGCAACCGUAGCAACAGCAAGACCGCUCGCAACUUAUAGAUCCCGUCGCGAGUCCAGAGACAACGUCCGUCGUAGCUUAUUGGGCCCUAUUAGCAGGAACAACAACAGCAGUGACCGCGAAGAGAGAAAUGCAAACUACAAUUGGCAAUAUGUGUCAUAUCCAAACAACGCCAAUUUUGAUAGCCACUACGAUGUUUCUGACAUUGAGGACGAUGAGACGGACAGUCUCCCAUUCGGUAGACAGAGCAGUAUGCCUCUAACAAUCCAUGGGCCACAAAAUGCGCAUUCAAGUAUCCGGCCUAGUUCAGCUGUAUCGGAAGAUAUUUCCGAAAGUACCAGCUUUUCACCAUCGCGGGUGUGA